GGGCGGGGGCACGGAGAACAGCUCGGGGUCUUGGGGCGCCUACGUCUUUCUGCCUAAAGCUCGCUUUGGUGUCUGCAGCACCCUCUCCUUUUUUCCUGGGCAACGAGAUCCAGCAGCCAGAAAUUCACCAUGUCUAUUCUCAAGAUCCAUGCCAGAGAGAUCUUUGACUCUCGUGGGAAUCCCACUGUUGAGGUUGAUCUCUACACUGCCAAAGGUCUCUUCCGAGCCGCUGUGCCUAGCGGAGCCUCAACUGGUAUCUAUGAGGCUCUGGAACUGCGAGACAAUGAUAAGACUCGCUACAUGGGGAAGGGCGUCUCCAGACCUGUUAAGUAUGUUAAUGAGUUCCUGGCACCAGCUUUGUGCACUCAGAAACUGAGCGUUGUGGAACAGGAGAAGAUCGACAAACUAAUGAUCGAGAUGGAUGGGACCGAAAAUAAAUCUAAGUUUGGUGCAAACGCCAUCCUGGGGGUGUCUCUUGCGGUCUGCAAAGCUGGUGCUGUGGAGAAGGGAGUGCCCCUGUACCGCCACAUUGCCGACUUGGCUGGCAACUCUGAAGUCAUCCUGCCUGUCCCUGCUUUCAAUGUGAUCAAUGGCGGCUCUCAUGCCGGCAACAAGCUGGCCAUGCAGGAGUUCAUGAUCCUCCCCGUGGGGGCUGCAAGCUUCAGGGAGGCCAUGCGCAUCGGAGCAGAGGUCUACCACAACCUGAAGAACGUCAUCAAGGAGAAGUACGGGAAAGAUGCCACCAACGUGGGCGACGAGGGCGGCUUUGCACCUAACAUCCUGGAGAACAAGGAAGCCCUGGAGCUGCUGAAGAAUGCAAUCGGGAAGGCUGGCUACACUGAUAAGGUUGUCAUCGGCAUGGAUGUGGCUGCCUCUGAGUUCUUCAGGUCUGGAAAAUAUGACCUGGACUUCAAGUCUCCUGAUGACGCCAGCAGGUACAUCACGCCUGACCAGCUGGCUGACCUCUACAAAUCCUUCAUCAAGGACUACCCAGUGGUGUCUAUCGAAGACCCUUUUGACCAGGAUGACUGGGAAGCCUGGCAGAAGUUCACGGCUACUGCAGGCAUCCAGGUGGUAGGCGACGAUCUCACGGUGACCAACCCGAAGAGGAUUGCCAAGGCUGUGGGCGAGAAGUCAUGCAAUUGCCUCCUGCUCAAAGUGAACCAGAUCGGCUCAGUGACCGAGUCCCUGCAGGCGUGCAAGCUGGCCCAGUCCAAUGGUUGGGGUGUCAUGGUGUCCCAUCGCUCUGGAGAGACUGAGGAUACCUUCAUUGCUGACCUGGUGGUGGGGCUUUGCACUGGGCAGAUCAAGACUGGUGCACCUUGCCGAUCUGAGCGUCUGGCCAAGUACAACCAGCUCCUCAGAAUCGAGGAGGAGCUGGGCAGCAAGGCCAAGUUUGCUGGCAGGAACUUCAGAAACCCCCUGGCCUAAGUAAGCCAUGGGCAGGUGAGCCUCAAAACCCUCAGUCACCACCGGCUACAUAGACCCUGCCCCUGUCAGUGAGGGUGAAGCAAGGCCCUGCCCAGUGCUUGCAGGGCCUCUGGUAGUUAGCUCCCCUCUCCUGCCUCUGCUUCCUUAGAAUUCGUGCAGAAGCCACACCUACCACCGGGAGCCCUGUUGGAAACCCUAGCUCUGUAAUCAUGUCAUUGGUCCAAAUCGUUGUUGUCACCUUGCUUGCCAAGUGUCUGGAGCCUUGUAUACCUCCAGCAUGAUUUCUAUGGUGACCACAGGCAAGAUCCCCAGUGGUUUUAUGUGCAAAAUAAAAGCCUCAGUGACCCAAAAGAACUUGUGCACGUGUGUAGAUCAAGCUGCUGAGUCUGUCCCUUGUGUCUUCCUGGAGCCCCUAGGGUGGUGGGAUACAAGCCUGCGAGAGCUCGAGGCUGUGGGUCAUGGGGAGUGGGUGAGAGGUCAGUCCUCUCAGGAAGGACAGUUGAGGCAGGUGGGGGGUGGAGUCCACGUGUCCUUGGAGGGGAGACAGACUUCCAAGUGAAGAGAUCUUAUUCAGGAGAUACAAAUGCAGAUGAUCUGGUGGCAAUCAGAAGACUCCCAGCAGCAUACAGGCCACCUUGGGCAGGGAUGGAACGUGGGUUCUCCUGGGGAAAGCAGGUAAAGCGAUUUUAAAAGGGCCAGAUGUGGUGGUACACACUUGUAAUCCCAGCCUCAGGAGGCUGAGACAGGAGGAUUGAGUUCAGCUAUAUAUAGUUACUGUAUAUAUAGUGACCCUAUCUCAAAAACAAUGGU